GCCGAGCUGGGCUGCCUUUGUUAACCAGAGAGGGCGCGGCAGUGGGCAUUCCUUCGGUUGCGGGCUUUGCGGAGCCGUGUUAGGUUGCCAGAUUGAGGUCGAGAUGUCCUACAUCCCGGGCCAGCCGGUCACUGCCGUGGUGCAAAGAGUUGAAAUUCAUAAGCUGCGCCAAGGUGAGAACUUAAUCCUUGGCUUUAGCAUUGGAGGUGGAAUUGACCAGGAUCCUUCCCAGAAUCCUUUCUCAGAAGAUAAGACAGACAAGGGCAUUUAUGUCACACGGGUAUCUGAAGGAGGUCCUGCUGAAAUUGCUGGGCUGCAGAUUGGAGACAAAAUCAUGCAGGUGAAUGGCUGGGACAUGACCAUGGUCACACACGACCAGGCCCGGAAGAGGCUGACCAAGCGCUCGGAGGAGGUGGUGCGUCUGCUGGUGACCCGGCAGUCGCUGCAGAAGGCUGUGCAACAGUCCAUGCUAUCGUAGCACCUGGCCAUAGUCCCCGAUUUGUGCCUGUUUGUACAGUGACACCACUUCUACAUUCUGCCUGCCCCUUGUCCCGGCUUCUGUGUGCUGGGCCCCAGCUCAGAAGGGCGGCAACUGAUCCUGGGGCUGAGACAGUCUUCCCUCCCUUCUCACUCUCAGCUCAAGGCCCUGGGACCAGCUCUUUCCCUUGGACACCGGGGACUGGAAACGAGGGUCUGGAGCUGACUGGUUGAGCAUCUGCAGUGACUACAGGCUUAGUCCCAGACCUGCUGCCUGGGCACAGUAGUGCCCAGGCAAGCAGGAAACACUUUUCUGAGAGCUGCCAAAGUUGGGAAAUGCCAGGUGGGACUGCCUUUCCCUGUUUGCCCUGGCUGGAUAACACUGCCAGAGACACUAAGAAGGUUGGGCAGGCUCCCAUUCUUCCCCACUCCCCUGAAGGAUUUGGCUUCCCAGGGCUUGCCUGCUUACAGGAUUUAGAUGAGGUUCAAGGCUGACAUUUCAAGGCAGCUUUCAGGAUUGCCAUUUUUCUCUAUGCCUGUGGACUUAACUUUUAUAUUUUUUAAAUCACAACUUUGAUACAAAGCAUUUUUAUCUUACUAUUUGGAAGUGCCAAUUCCAUUUUUGAAUUUAGCUUACUAAUUCACAUCUGGUUGCAGCUACCCAGCGCAUAAACAAGUUUUAUUUUGGUUACUAUGGAAAUGGGGCAGUAUGAUGCCACCCUACACCUGACAUCUUGUACCCAAUAAACAAUGCUGGAACUCCCAAAGGAUCUUUGCUAAGCCAUGGGGUUAGGGAUAUUUGGGGGUGGAUUGGGACAAGUGUUCUGGUUUUAGGAUGGCUGGCUUAUUCUCUGCUGCUGUGGGAUGAAGCCCAAGUCUUCCCAGGACCACCUUGCCUGGAAAGUGGCUGGUAGUACUUUACAAGUCUCAGUGGAAACAUGUUAUACUGUUGCCUUUUGGGUGUCACUGUGAAGCCCCGAGUUCCUAAUAAUUACAUAAUUUCCUUUGUGUAACUGAGAUUCAGCUCCCAACUGAGAAGGGCUUCAUGGGCACUCACCUGACCCUGAAACUCAAGAGUACAGAACCAUAGCCAAGGAUGUAACCCCAGAUGUUCACAGUGGUUGAGCUGGCUAGACUGUGAGCCAGGGAGCACCUGAUCGGUGCCUAACAGCUCUGGGAGAUGGUCACUCCUAGACUUGCCUGGCACUGCCAAGUCAGACUUAUAAAGAAAAGUUCAGAGGACUGGGAAUGUAUCUCAACAUAGAUCACUUGUCUAGCAUCUACAAGGUCCUGGGUUUGACUCAUAGCAUCCCCCACAUCUCCCAAAUCCAGAAUUAAAAUUUCCCAUUUUAAAAGUGUAGCACCCAAUAACUUUUGGAGUGCUGGAGCUCAAACCCAGGGCCUCAUGUAACUACACACUCUACUACUGAGCUAUAGCCCCCAUU